GAUGAACCACGAGCUUGCUUAGCUGUACGGCGAACCGAGCAUCCUAGCGGUGGCGAAGGCUGGUAGGAUAGGAUGGCUGGGACAUUUCAUGAGGAUGCCGGAUUCAUGUCCCACCAAGAAGGUUUUCGGAGUAUUCGGGUUAUAGCUAUCAGAGCGGAACAACUUGCAAUGGAUUAAUGCGUAACCGGACAACUCCGGGUGAUUCCGGACAACUCCGACUCCAGACGACUCCGACUCCGGACAAAUCCGGACGACACCCAAUGACUACGACUCCGGAGGACUCGGACAGUUGUGGGUGCGCUCUAGAGAGAACAUCACUAGUUGAGGGUUGUUAGAACAUGUUCGUAAGAAUGUGGUCUUGCUCUAUCUUAAGACUAUUGUGUGGUUUAGAAUUUCUAAAUUAACACAAUGAAAUAAAACAGUUUUUUUGCGGGCAGCUGUAGAAAUUGUAUGUGCGCAGGUUUUUUUAAAGUAUAUUUUUCAGGCCUCUGCGAAGUCUUUAUUUGCAGGAAUAAUGUGGAAUUCGUGCUGAUUCAGUUAUAGUAAAAUUUAUAUAAGCAAAAUAAUGGAAAAAUAUUUUGAUAGUUGAGAGCAUUUAUAUUCAUUAUACAGAUGGUGGUAGAGAAAUGACGGUGGUGGCAACGGGGUAUGCUGUUGCAUGAUGAGUAUGAAAUUUGUGACCCAGCUCACGCUAGAUGAAUUCUACCUCACACUGUAGCAUAGAUGGUUGGGGAGCGGAGCGGUUUUCUACUAUGGAUUUGCUAUUGUCUGGGCGUUCUGGCUUGGUGUCACAAAUGUUAACCAAUGCUGCACCCGUUUGUUGCCGUAUGACUAUUUUCCCCGUUGUUCGUCACUCCCGGGAAAAUUGAAAAUUCCAAUGCGUGAACAUUGUGCAAUGCUUAGCUGUGCAUGGGAAGGGAUGGCUGAGUAGUAAGGAAAGAGAGGGAGCGGGGUUGGUUUGGUUGUGGAAUGAUUUUUUUUGUAUUUUCGUUACGUUCUGGUGAUUUCUAGCGUUUAAUGAUGUUACUGACACGCUAUACCUGCUAGGUUUAAAAAAAUUGUUUAGUCUUGUGGUAACGCUGUCCCUAUUCAGACGUGGUUGUUCUGUUGCAUGUUGCACCAGAUAUUGAGAUAUUUGCAGAUAUCCGACACGUACUAAAAGGUAUUUUUUAAAUUUUAUAUUGUAAUGUUUUGUUCCUUUUGUCAAAUGAACCUAGUUGAUAUAUAUGCCAAGGUCCGAGCUAAAAUAAAUUCAGCAUUAUAGUCGAUAUCAAAUAUAGCAAAAACUGCACCAAUGGACAUGAUGGAAUGGAAAUUUUUCGUCAUCAUUGGACUGGUGUUAAUUAAUUAUCACGUAGGAAUGAGUAAAGCAGAAGAUAAAAAUACAGAACAACUGGCAGACCAUAAUGUAACACUAGUAAUUACCGACAUAGUUGAAAUGAAACAAGGGGCUGUUAAGCAGCCUGUAAGAGAUUGGAGAAAACCGCUAUAUCGCAUGAAUAAGCAUGCAAAUACACCAAACUAUAUGCGGCCAAAUGUUAAGGAAGAUUUUAUGUCAAUGCAAACUCGUGUAAAACGAGAGCUACAAAAUAUAGCUACCGAAACUCUCACGAAAACAGAAGAUGGUGACGAAAAUUUACCUGUACCCGAAAAACAAUCAAUGAAUACGCAGCCAAUAAUGCGAAAAGAAGCAUGGGUAAAACCAGCACAGAUGCAUCUAGAGUUUCAAUCAAAAAAAGUAAAAGAAGAAAUCGAUGCCGACGCUGAAGAAUCAAUAUUAAUCCAAGAGGGCAUAAAGUCACGUGCUCCAAAAGUAAACUUUAUCACACAGCAAAGGAAAAGUGGUUUCACACCAUCAGGCACUCUGGAUAGAACGAAUGAUAAGUUGAUACAAGAGUUGUAUAAGAAACCACAGAGAAGUCUGAACUAUGAAUAUCCAUGGACAUAUGAUUCAUUUAUGGCCACAUCUCAAUCUCCGAUGUAUCCUCAAAUUCACAACAAGUACGAUUCAUUUCAUCGUGACAUGAUUAACCGCAUGCAUCCUCCAGCACCGCAUCACUUCGACCAUUACUACGAGCGUCGGCAUGACGUAGAAUACGAUUCUUAUUUCCCUCGAUACAAAUUUCCUUAUUACUACUAUUAUCCGGAUAUGCGUUAUGACGUCCCGUUGCACUAUCGAGAUAGGAACAAUCUUUACCCAAAUGAACAGUUGACACGCGCCAUUCCUUCAUAUAACAUACCUUUGCCAACCACCGUGGUUCCGCCAACAAUUAUGCGUAAUCGUCGUAUAAUAUAUUUCGCAACAUUGCCGGAAAUAGUCCGUAAACAUCCAAAAGAGAACAUCAUAAACGAUCGUUUAUAUCAAGGAGAUCGGUAUAGUACUUAUACUAUGAAAUAUUUCUAUCCCUCGAGCGCCUACAAAUAUCCUCGGCCUGCAAAAAAAGCAAACAAAGAUGAUAAGUACGUCAGUUCGAAGCCAAUAAAAAUUGUACGUGAGGCAGAUGUCAUUGAAAAUAGACAAUUUUCGAUAAGAGAUCUUCAAAAAAAAAUUAAUCUAGAGCUACAACCAAAAACAUCGGCUAACUUCCGAGCAUGAAUGAAUGCAUCGCUCGACGCAAGAACAUCUUUGCUCGGAAUGAGGCGAUUUUCAUAAUGAUAAUUUUAUUAUGCGUGGAUCGUUCUUCGUAAUUAAUUCUAUGUAUGUGGUAUGUUAUUUUUCUGAUAAUAAGCGCAACUACGUGCAUUAAUUUAGUUCAUUUUUUCUGUGUAUUUUUUUCAAAUAUGUUUUAACGGUAAGUUCUGAAUUACACACUACAUUAUCUGAAACUUUUACACUUCACUAAUAUGAAUUUGCAACAUGUGCAUCGAAUUUCUUAAAAAAAAGUAAUGAACGAACCCGUUAGAUUUUAUCGUUCAUGUGUUUUAUAAGUUUAACAGUCGCUGUUAGCGACACUUGAUUGCCUUUUGUAUAGUACAAUAAUUUCAUACAUAUUUUUUUUUGAAAAUGGGCAUAUUAAUGGUUCAUAGUUUCAGCAACCUUCUUCUUCUUUGGCGCAACAAUCGUUGUCGGUCAAGGUUUGCCUGUACUUCUAAUGAGAUGUGUUAGCGCAAUAGAGUCAGUUCUACAUAUGGAGGACUCGGUGCACGUCUUAAACCUUCAACUGACAUGUUGUUAAGUAGUGCGAGUUGACGACUAUACAAAAGAAUCUGCCCAGCUUAUAAGAACAAAUCAGUUUAUGGUGGCUUAUUUCUUUUUAUUUCUAAAAAAUAUGGUAAGAAAUACGGCCAUUUUGGACCUUUCCUCCCGAAUAAAAAAAAUAUAUACAUGGUAGUCAAAAAAGUAAUUUCUUUUUUUUUCAACACAUCUUACAACUUACUAGAUACUGUAAACCAAAAGGGAAAAUAUUUUGAAGAGUGAUCAAAUGAUAUGUUCAACAUUUUAAGGCACGUGUUGAUUGCUGUAGGUUCUUUUCGUAUUACAUUCGAUUUGCGAAGCAAAAACAUCAAUUUCAAUAAAAGUUUCACAAAGUAUCAGUCUGUUUCCGAGAAACGCGGUUUAUGCGUUCCCAAAGCAUCUGUGUAACUCGAAUAUCCGAGUAAGUCAAUUAUCAUAAUUUUCAACCAAAAUUGCGUUUGAUAAAUUUACGUUCAUUUAAAAAAUUAAUGUAUUACUUGUGCAC